AUGCACACGGUCCCCCGGGACCGCGGCCGCCCGUGCUCCGGUACCGACAGCGCUCGGCAUGGGCCUGCUGCCCUUCUCUGCUUUCAGGACACAACGCCUGAUGAGCUGCUGUCUGCUGUUAUGAUGGCUGUCCUUCAAGAUGUCAACCUUCGUCCCGAGGCCCUGGGAGAUAUCUGUGUUGGAAACGUGCUGCAGCCUGGAGCUGGUGCUUUGAUUGCAAGAGUUGCACAGUUUCUCAGUGGUAUUCCAGAGACGGUGCCGUGCUCGAGCGUCAACCGGCAGUGCUCCUCUGGGCUACAGGCCGUUAUCAAUAUAGCUGGUGGCAUCCGAAAUGGAUCGUAUGACAUCGGCUUGGCCUGCGGUGUGGAAACGAUGUCCCUCGGGAGUGGAAAUAACCCUGGUGAUAUCAGUUCCCGCAUGAUGGAAAACAGCAAAGCUCGAGAUUGCCUUAUUCCUAUGGGAAUAACCUCAGAAAAUGUGGCAGAGAAGUUUGGAGUUUCCCGAAAGAAGCAAGAUGCCUUUGCCUUGGCUUCCCAACAAAAAGCAGCAAAAGCUCAGCAGAUGGGACUGUUUAAAGCUGAGAUUGUUCCAGUGAAGACCACUGUUGUAGAUAAUCAGGGUGACAAGAAAACAAUCACCGUGCACCAAGAUGAAGGGAUUAGGCCCUCCACGACUCUGGAAGGCUUGGCAAAGCUGAAGCCUGCCUUCAAAGAGGAUGGUAGCACUACAGCAGGGAAUGCCAGCCAGGUCAGUGAUGGAGCAGCUGCUGUUCUCCUGGCGAAACGCUCAAAAGCAGCACAACUGGGGCUCCCAGUCCUGGGCGUUCUCAGGUCCUUUGCUGUGGUGGGAGUCCCGCCCGAUGUUAUGGGCAUAGGACCAGCCUACGCAAUCCCUGUUGCUGUGGAGAAGGCGGGUCUGACUCUGAAUGACAUCGAUAUAUAUGAAAUUAAUGAAGCCUUUGCAAGCCAGGCUGUGUACUGUGUGGAAAAGCUGGGCAUUCCCAUGGAGAAGGUCAACCCCCUGGGAGGAGCAAUAGCACUGGGGCACCCACUGGGCUGUACUGGUGCUCGUCAAGUUGUCACUUUGCUCCAUGAACUGAAGCGCAGAGGGAAAAGAGCAUACGGUGUUGUAUCCAUGUGCAUUGGAACUGGCAUGGGCGCUGCGGCAGUGUUUGAGUACCCAGGGAACUGAACUCCAGUGUCCUGGCGAAACAACCCAACAGCCAGUUCUCUGCCUUCUCUAGAAAUAGCAAAUGAUUUGCACUGGGAAAUCAAGCGGAUUCGGGGAUUCAUUACUGGGUCUACAAACUUUGGGCACAAAGUGCAAAGCAGAAUUAAAUCGUACAGAUCUACUAAGCAGGUGGGAAAAUGCAUACCAGGCAUUUGCUUCAGAGCUGGAAAG